AUGGCCAACCAGUCAGAGCAUGCGCCGACGCGACGCGGUGCGCUCAUUGUCGUUGAGGGACUCGACCGCGCCGGAAAAUCGAGCCAAUGUGAAAUGCUACAAGAGUACCUCUCAAGUCAAGGAAAGACCGUGAAAUACAUUCGGUUUCCAGACAGAACAACACCCAUUGGACAGCUCAUAAAUAGCUAUUUGGUGGGCUCUGCCAACCAAGACGACCAUUCCAUUCAUCUUUUAUUCUCAGCAAACCGAUGGGAGAUCGCCAAAAGCAUUGAAGAAGAGAUCACAAGCGGAACCACAGUUAUCGUGGACCGCUACUCCUACUCAGGUGCCGUUUACUCUGCAGCCAAGGCCAAUCCCACACUCUCUUUGGAGUGGGCAUGGCAGCCCGAGAUUGGCCUCCCUCGCCCGGAUAUUUGCCUUUUCCUCAGUAUCUCCGCCGAGGAGGCUGCGAAGCGCGGUGGCUAUGGGGCGGAGCGCUAUGAGAAUCAGACAAUGCAGACACGUGUCCGGGAGCUAUUCCGUACUUUGUUUGAUCGACAGGAGGAUAUCCGUGUAAUCGAUGCUGGAAAGUCACUGGAAGAAGUAUCACAAGAAGUCCAGAGCGCUGUCUCAGGUUGCAUUUCAACCCUUCAGACGACCGGACCUUUAAGGACUCUGGGGCCGCUUGCCAACUAG